CACAGUGUUACGAAUUGCAAAAAUUAUUAUCGGUCGGAUAACCUCAAUCCUUACUAUUGUAGGCUGGCUGACCGGCAAGUACAACCACUGCGGUACAGGGCUUGCACGUUGCGAUGUUGUUGUCAUCACGAACGGGUGAUGAGUAUGAUUUCGACUCUUCAGAUGAAGAAGACGUGAGAAAUACUGUUGGAAACAUACCAUUGCAAUGGUAUGAUUCCCUAGCGCACAUUGGUUAUGAUACCUCUGGAAGACCUAUAAUGAAGCCAGAUAUUUAUCAUGGAAAACCUGAUGCUAUUGACGAAUUUUUGCGUAACACUAACAUCGAAGAUGGAGGAUCAAGCGUAGAGUGGCGUUGUAUACGUGACCCACAUACUGGACAGUUAGUGUUGUUAAGCGAUGGUGAUUUGGAGAUUGUUCACAAAUCUGUGAAGGGUGAGGGUAUUACUGCUGAUUCGAAAGAAGGACCGUUUGAGACGUGGGAAGAGUGGUUCACCAAGGAUGUUAUGCAAAUGCCACUUACCGCCCACCCCCCUCAAAAAAGAAGUUUCAUCCCAUCCCUGUUAGAUAAAAGACGAGUAGGUAGAAUGGUUCAUGCCAUUAAAAGUGGUUGGCUUGUUCCAAAGUUACCAUCUUGGGCAUUAAGCGAUCCAAAUAAUCUAGAUGAACUCCGGAGGUACGGUGCAUAUAUGGCUUCUGGAAAUCCAGAUGUACUGGAUGCAGAUUACGAUGAGGAACCGUUGAGUUUUAGUUCAUUUGAUGUAUCAACAUAUGUAUUUCCUGAUGUCUGGAAUAAUCAAGAUAAUGAAAACGACCUUGUGAAUACUACGACAUCCUCAUGGCAAUCAAAAUUGCCAAUGCUUGCUUCUGAUUACCGGCCACCACGACCACGUCCUUACCAAAAAGCUCCUGAAGAGCCUUUACCUGGACAUAUAGCCUCUUAUAACCCUCCUCCAGAAUUUUUACUUUCUAAGGACGAAGAAAAGAAAGUUAUGAAGGCUUGGCGGGAACGCGUACGUGAUGGACAUGUUUCACGUGUUCCACCACAAAUGCCUCGCAAAUUUUCAUGUUUAAGGCAUGUCCCAUUUUCCGAACGUUAUUUGCAUGAACGUGAAGAGCGUGUCAAAGAUUUGAUCAUGGCUACGCGUUUCGAAAAACAACGUGUUGCAACUACUCCAGAAGCUAUGUUGCCACCCAUCCCAAGUCUUUCACAAUUGAGACCUUAUCCGAGUCAUAUUGGAUUACAAUACAUUGGCCAUUCAGGACGUGUAACCUCGUUAUCAGUUUCGCCAUGUGGACAGUGGCUUGCUAGUAUUUCCCCAUCUGAUGGUUAUUUACGCAUAUGGGAAACUUCUACAAACUAUUGUUUCCGCGUUUAUCGUCUUUCUAAUCCAUGUGUAAAAGAAAAAGUCAAAUUAAAACAAAAUAACAAGAUAGGAGGGUCAAAUUAUGAAGAUUCACAAUUAAAUAACAAUAAUGAUAUUGAUGAAGAGGAAACAAAUCGUCAACCGAGUGACGAUGAAGAAAACUGGUCUCCAUCUUCUCCUUCCGCUAGUGUAUCAUGGAAUCCUAAUCCGGAAUUACAUCUUUUAGCUGCAGCUAUUGGCACUCAGCUAUUCAUCAUUAAUCCAGCUUUAGGAGAUCGUGUUCGUGUGUCACACACUGAAGCAAGUCUUUUAAAGUGGUGGUCAGAUAUGAAUGACAAUGUAGCCAAUAUAUCUGUCCAGAUACCAGAUAACAAGGCUGAAGAUAUUGUUGAUACCGCUGAAACUAUCCCAAGCAAACAAUUACGAUUAGAUAAUGAAAUGAAUAUCGAUGAUGAACAAUCAGAGAUUGAAAUGAAAACAAUGGCUAAAUGGACUAUUAAAAUACCACCACAGACUAUGAAUAAAGUGGCCAAAUCCAAAACAUAUGAACGUCAUCGGAUUAUCAUCACUGUUACUGAUCCUAUAAUUAGUUUAGAUUGGCAUCCGAAAGGUGAUUAUCUACUUACAUUAUCUCGUCCAAUUCUUUCUUCACAUGUUCGUUCACGAUCAGCCAAACGAUUAUUACUUCAUCGUUUAUCGAAAAUGUCUAGUCAAGCUCCAUUCUCUGAUACUGGUAAACCAGUAGAAUGGAAACAAGCUGGAUUUCAUCCAACUGGUAAACCGCAUUUAUUUGUUGCUAGUCCACGUGCAGUACGUAUAUAUGAUUUAGUGGAACAAAAAGAAUUACGUUGUUUACGAUUGGAAAGUUCAUCGAAUUUCAUCAGUUGCAUGGCACUUCAUCCAUCAGGAGAUCAUUUAGUUGUUGGUAGUUAUGAUAGUCGUUUUAAUUGGUUCGAUAUCGAAUUGGGUAAUGUCCCAUUCAAAAAGUUACAGCUUAAUCAUGGCGCUGUUAGACAGUUAGCAGUCCAUUACCGUCGUCCAUUAGUUUCUGUAGCAUUGAGUGAUGGUACGAUUCUCAUAAUUCAUGGAAAAGUAAUCGAGUAAGUGAAAUCAUCUGUGUACCAAACACACAGAAAUCAUUUGUUUUGUUUUACCAAUACUCUGUUUGUGUUUAUUAAUGCAUGAAUGUUGAAAACAUUGAGUUAAACUCUAUUCUAAUGAAUAGAUAAGUGAUUUUAAUUGCAAGAUUGAAUUUCCUAUAUUAGAUGCUCUUCAGAAACACCGAUGAUCGAACACAGAGUCGCCGAACACUCAACUCGGUAUUACAAGCAUAACAGCGGAAGCGCUCUCACAGACAAGCCGUUAACUCGACUAACACCACGACGGUGCCAAAGGUGACCUAGAUUGGCAUCAGCUGUUUUGGUUUUCACUCUACCAGCAACAUUAACAAAGCGAUCCAGAAACAUAAAUGUUUCAACCACUAAUGGCUCACCCGAAAGAGUGCAGCCACAGGCUCCCUCCAGUCUUGUAAAAGUACUUUGCAUCUAGAAGGUGCAAAUUACAUCUCAUACUUCUGGGCACUGAGUGUUAACUGAUUAGUUGCGAACUGCAUAACUUGGGCAUCGUCGCAUAUUAAAACGAUCCCAUCUCAUUAUCAAGAUUGCAAAGUCGUUCUCCAAGCAACAGAUCUACACCACCACCAUUUCAUUCAGAGCUGUCUCCAGAAUGUCAUCAAUGACAAAGUUGAGGAGGAUUAGUAAGGCAACGCAAUCUUGCUUAACACCACUGCUGAAUUAGAACAAUACAGAGGUGGUUGGAUCGCCUCACUGUCUCCAAGGUGUUUAUGUACAGAGCCUUCAAGAGGUUGAUAAACUCUUCAGGUGCAUUCUCGUUGAACAGACAACCACAAAGCAUAUUCCUGUUUCAAAGGCAGUCGUAAUGUCAAGAAAUACAAUAAUAGUCUGGGGUGAAUAUGGUGAUGCUUUAAUAUUUGAUGGAGGGUAAAUAUCUGGUCUAAAACCAUCAUGUUUUUCAAAGGUUCUAAAUAAUUGGCGAAUACCAAGUAUAUUUAAAAUAGAUGUAUAUGAUGUAUGAUCAAACAAGUCUCAUUUAAUUACUUAGUUAUGAUUAUAUUGUUUUUCUUCUCAUAUAUUGACAAACACUGAUUGCUUUGAUCCGCUAUUUCUCCCCUCAUCUCCUCUAAAAAUAAAUUGUAGUGAUCUAUUAUCAAAACCAGUUGUUAUACCAGUUCAAUUAAUUCGUACUGGACAACCAACAAGUCAUUCGAAUGUAUUUUCCACUGUGUUUCAUCCACGUCAACCACAUGUAUACAGUGGUGGAGAAGAUGGCAGUGUUAAACAAUUUGUUGCAUGGAAAUAACACUUUGAUUGAUUAAAUCUAUUAUGAUGAAUUACUUUGUAUUCUCAUAGUUCGAAUCUGUAAUAUUUUUCUUAUCCUUGUAUAUAUAUAUGUAUAAAUAGAGAUAUAUAAAAAAGAAGUGUGGAUAA